GACAGAAACACACCACCUCUGAAAAAUGGACCAAACUCUAUAUUUCAUUCUUCUUCUCAUCGCUCUCUGCUCCGUAUCUGAAUGUGUUCAGCAUCAGUAUCACUUUAUAAAUGAGAAGAAGACCUGGACUGAAGCUCAGAGAUACUGCAGAGAGAAUUACACAGAUCUGGCCACCGCUGACAACAUGAACGACAUGAACGAGCUGAACGAGCUGAAGAAGAGCGUGAAUAAUGGACGUGUCUGGAUUGGGCUGCAGAAGACGGGUCGUGAUGAAUGGCACCGGUCUUCAGGUGAACCUGCGCUCUAUCUGAACUGGGGACCUGGACAACCAGCUGGCAGAGAUGACUGUGCGAUGAUGCUGAAUGGAAAAUUUGAGGAUUUGCCAUGUAGUGAUAACCGACAUUUCAUCUGCAACAACACAAACACAGGACUCGUCUUUGUCAAUCAGAGGAUGAACUGGAGAGACGCUCAGAGUUACUGCAGACAGAAUCACAUUGAUCUGGUCAGUGUGAGGAACCAGAAUGAGAGUCUACAGGUUCAGAAGAUCAUUAGUGAUCAAGUGUUAUCUGGACCACAAGUCUGGAUCGGUCUGUUCAGAGACUCAUGGCAGUGGUCAGAUCAGAGUGACUCCUCAUUCAGAUACUGGAGCACUGGUGAACCUAAUAAUGCUGGAGGUGAUGAAAACUGUACAGCUGUCAGUCAGAACGCUCAGGGACGAUGGAUUGACGUCUCUUGCAACCACCAGUUUCCUUUUGUGUGUCAUAAAGAUAAACUGAUUGUGAUCAGAGAGAGUCUGACGUGGUCUGAAGCUCUGAGAUACUGCAGACAGAAUCAUGUGGAUCUGGUCUCGGUUCAUUCAGAAGAGAUUCAGCAUGAGGUGGUGAACGUGGUUAAACGGGCGCCUACUGCGGAGGUGUGGAUGGGUUUACACAACUACUGCGUCAUGAACAUGUGGCUCUGGCUGAGUGGAGAGGUCGUGUGCUAUCAGAACUGGGCUCCAGGGAACGGAACGACUCCAGAAAACUGCAAACUCGAGAAGAGAAAAGGAGCAGUUCAGUCUGGAGGAGAUCAGCGCUGGAUCAGCCGUCCUGAAACUCACAAACUCAACUUCAUCUGCAGCAGAUAUUAA